AUGGAAUAUAACGUGGAAUCCAAGCGAUUGCCACGAAAUGUUGAAAUGGAAAGGCUACGUAGAUUGUAUAGAAAUCAAAAUUUGGAUGAGGCAUUAAAGAAAGAGGGAGUUUUACCAUGUAAUAUUUUACCCCCAAAAGUAAUUUUAUCAUUGUCAUCCGAGGAAGAAAAAUACGGGUUAUAUUCCAAGAUAAAUUACUUGCCCCUUGAGAUAUUUGACGACGAGGAAUUUGACUGUCGAACGUCGAAAGAUUGGAUAAAUUUGGGUCUUAUUGAUGGCGUUCGACAUCCGUUACCUGCUAUGUCUUUUGUAGAAAAAGUUAGAACCAAUGAACGAAAUAAUUAUUUGUCCGAUGUACAAUUAAAUAAUUUAUAUGGAUGGCAUCUUUCUGCAGUAACUGAUUAUGAUAGCUGCAAAAAAUUGUGGACUGUCUUCACAUUGGACGGUUAUAAAAGAACUUUUUUAUUACCUAGGAUAUAUGUCCGAUUUAUUGCCGAGGAUCCUAAAGUUUUUGCGAGACGGGUUGCAGCUGCAGUGAAAGAAAGACAAAUAGUCGAAACGCAUAUUAGAUAUAAUUUUUAUUUGGAUUGUAUGGAAGUAGAAGAUAUACCGACAUUGAAUAAGAAGGAAAAGGAAAUUAUUAUUCGGCUUUGUACAAGGCAACAUUUUGUUCAUUACAAAAUUCAGAAUAUUAUCGCUCUAAUGGACGAAAUAGAGCGUGAUUAUCGUCGAACUAUGUGCGAUCUUAUGUGGAGAAAAGUGAUAAAGCAUUCUCCAAAUAUAUUUAAAUUUUUGCAAAUAGAAUUCUAUACGGACGAAAUUGUGGUACCACAAACGGGAAAAAUUUGUACGGGGAUGAAAAAUUUUAACGAAAUUAAAGAUUACUUUCAUUGGUUUACAUUAUACGUAUUGCCAGAAGUUUAUGAAGUUGUACGUUGUGUAGUCUACGAAUGUGCUUACGUAUCAAGGAUGAAUUUAUUUGUAUCGAAUUAUGGAAAAUCAAUGUCACUGAUCGAAUUCGAAAACCAACAAAAUCAAACUACGACAAUGGCGAUGAAAUAUUUAAAAGAACCAUGGUUAGAAAAAAUAACGCAAUCAGUUAGAAUAUAUUUGAGAGAUGUAGGAAAAGGAUGGUUUAAUCUCGAUCAAAAGUCUGCUGAAAUAUAUAACGUUAUGAAAUUGAAACGUCUUAUGGAUCUCAUUGUUUGCCAUAUGCAAAAUGCUUUGCGAAAUCUUGUAGAAAAUUCUGUUUCUUUGUACAUCGAAAUGUUAGAAAGUCCAGGAAUUUGUAUAGUCGAUGUUGACGAUAAUUUUAUUUGGGGAGAUGAUCUAGUGAAUACCCAACAAGUACAUCCAUUUCUACUUACUUUCCUUAAAUUUCCAACGAACCUUUUUCUUAGUUCAGUCGGUUUAUAUGAUGAAAGGAUAUGCGACAUUAGAAAUCGUUUAUUGAACAUAUACGAAAAGGCAAUCAUACCUUUAAAAGCUUAUGCCAAAGAAUAUUAUAAAUAUCUCGAAUUUUUCGAAAUGGAUAUUGAAAAAUAUAUCGAGGACUUCAAAAAUGAAGAACAUACCGCUAUCGAGAUUACAGAUGAAAUAUCAUUUCAUCGUAGAAUAAAAAAGAAUCUUGAAACUACUUUACCAAAAAAUAUUUUCAUUGGUCCGUUUAAUGUAAAUGUACAACCUUUGAAAGAAUUUUUAAUGACGAAGCGCGAAAAUUGUUCCACGCGAUUACUCAUUAUGUUUACGGACAAACUUCGUUAUAAAAUUAAUGAAAUUUUGGACGAAUAUAUAGAAAUAAAUGUAAAAUUGAAAGAAGAAUCGAAGAAUGUGGAACAUUUAUUUGAUAAAAAAGAGUGGAUGGAAACGAUUCCGUUGACAGUAAAGGGUAUUGAUGAAAAUAUGCAGAAAGUGAAAAUUGAAUUUGACAUUUUAGAACAUUUUCGUUGGAAUUUAUCAGAUGAAGAUUUUAAUGCAAAAUGGGAAGCAAUUGGUUAUCCUCAUAAAAUAGAACAACUGAUCGCUGAAACUGAGGAACGUUUUAUGGCAGAACAGGAUAAAUUUUUGAAAAAUCAAUUACAAGAUGAGAUAAUGUUGCAAGAGAAAAUAGAUACGCUUGUAGGAAGCGUUGCUAAUAUUGCAUUACAAACGAAUAUUAAUAUGGUACAUGAGAUUGCUAUUGAUAUUAAAAGAGUUUGGAAAUCGAUGAAGGAAUCUCAGGAAACUGGAAUAAUGUUAAAUGAGCGUCAAAAAUUACUUGGACUUCCUGUUGUACCAUUCGAAAGUCUUAUCAAACUUAUGAAAGAUUUCGAGCCAUAUCAAACGCUUUGGACAACAGCAUCAGAUUGGUUGAAAUGGCAUGAAAUAUGGAUGGAAAAUCCUUUAAUAACGAUUGAUGGCACCAAUAUCGACAAUUAUGUAAAUGAAAUGUACAAGGCAAUGUCCCGAAGCAUAAAGAUUUUCAAAGAAUUUCCAAAGGUUGUCGCUGUAGCCGAGAAUAUAAAGGAUCAGAUAGAAGACUUUAAGCCUUACAUAGGGAUGAUACAAUCUCUUAGGAAUCCAGGCAUGAAACCUCGACAUUUCGAUGAACUCAGCAUUAUCACUGGCAUACAAAUGGCACUAACACCAACAUUGACAUUCAAAGAAUUGGUUCUUCUUGGUAUUAUGCAGUACGAAGAAGUUGUAAUGAAAGUUGCUGAUGAAGCGGAAAAAGAAUAUUCGAUAGAAGGGAUUUUGGAUAAAAUGAUCAACGCGUGGGAUACUAUAACAAUGGAUGUUAUUGCUUAUAAAAAUACAGGUACAUAUAUCAUGAAAAUUGCCGAUGAAACUUUAAUGCUCUUAGAUGAUCAUAUUCUAAAUGCGCAACAAAUUAGUUUUAGUCCUUUUAAAUUUGCAUUUGAGGAACGGUUUGAAGAGUGGGAUAAAAAAUUUAAAUUAUCACAAGAAGUUAUAUCUUUAUGGAUAGAGGUACAAAAACAUUGGAUGUACUUGGAACCAAUCUUUACUUCAGAAGAUAUUAGUCGACAAUUACCGGUGGAGACAAGAAAGUUCAAUACUAUGGAUCGUACUUGGAGACGGAUAAUGAAAGCAGCCUACGACUGUCCUUAUAUAAUGAAAAUCUGUCCAGAUAAUGUACUCUUAGAAAGUUUGAAGGAGUGCAUAACCCUGUUAGAAGUCGUACAAAAGGGUUUGGCUGAUUAUUUAGAAACUAAACGGAUGGUUUUUCCACGAUUUUUCUUCCUUAGUGACGAUGAGCUGCUCGAAAUAGUUGCUCAAACAAAAAAUGUGCAAGCCGUACAACCUCAUCUUAAAAAGUGUUUUGAAAAUAUGAGAGAAUUGAGAUUCGAAGAAGAUCUAGCUAUUACGAGAAUGUAUUCAGCGGAAUAUGAAGAAGUUGUAUUAAGACCACCAGUCUAUCCCAUAGGUAACGUUGAGAAUUGGUUGGGAUUGGUAGAAGCAGCUAUGCGUAAUACUUUAAGAGAAAUUAUCGGCGAGGCUCUUCAAAUCGUUGAUGAAAUAAGUAGAAAGGAAUGGGUGUAUAUGUGGCCUGGUCAAGUUGUUCUUUGUGGUGGUCAAACUUAUUGGACAGCUCACGUUGAAGAUGCUAUAAAAAAUAACGCACUGCGCUCUUUUUAUGAAGUGAUGUUAUCGCAAUUGGAUGAUCUGCGGGAACUUAUAAGAAGUCCACUUACUGAAAUCCAAAGAUUAAUGCUCGAGGCUGUAAUUAUUAUCGAAGUACAUGCAAGAGAUGUUUUAUAUAAACUAAUUGAAGAAAAUGUAAUGAAUGUUAACGAUUUUGAUUGGAUAUCACAGCUACGAUAUUAUUGGGUUGAUGAUAGCGAAUUAAAAGUUCGCGCGGUAAAUGCGGAGUUUUCAUACGGUUACGAGUACUUAGGUAACAAUGGUAGAUUGGUUAUCACUCCUUUAACGGAUCGAUGUUAUUUAACUCUCACUGGCGCUCUUCACUUGAAAUUUGGUGGAGCACCUGCUGGACCAGCUGGAACUGGAAAAACUGAAACGACAAAAGAUUUAGCUAAAGCAUUUGCUAUUCAAUGUGUUGUUUUCAAUUGUUCCGAUCAGUUAGAUUUUUUGUCCAUGGGAAAAUUUUUCAAGGGUCUUGCCAGUGCAGGAGCAUGGGCAUGCUUUGACGAAUUUAAUAGAAUAGAUAUCGAAGUAUUAUCUGUAAUAGCACAACAAAUUAUGACUAUUCAGAAGGCUCAACAAAUUAGAGCUGAAGUAUUCAUCUUCGAGGGAGUAGAAAUUACACUUAAAGCUUCCUGUGCGAUUUUCAUCACGAUGAAUCCAGGUUACGCCGGUCGGACAGAAUUGCCCGAUAAUUUGAAAGCUCUUUUCCGUCCAGUUGCUAUGAUGGUGCCAAAUUAUGCUCUUAUCGCAGAGAUUUCUUUAUUCUCCUACGGGUUCUCUAAUGCUAAGACUCUCGCCGGAAAGAUAACAACUACUUUUAAAUUAAGUUCCGAGCAACUCAGUACACAGGAUCAUUAUGAUUUUGGAAUGCGUGCUGUAAAGACUGUUAUAGCGGUGGCGGGUAAUUUAAAAAGAGAAUUGAAAGAUGUUGACGAACAACAAAUUUGUUUACGCGCUUUAAGAGAUGUCAAUGUGCCGAAAUUUUUAAGCGAUGAUCUGAAAUUAUUUAACGGGAUUGUAUCUGAUCUCUUUCCGCAAUUGACUGAAUUACCUGUAGACUAUGGAAUUCUUGAAGCGGAAAUCUGUAAAACUAUUUUAGAAAAGGGCUUAGAGAAAGUCGAUGAAUUUGUCAAGAAAAUUAUUCAGCUGUACGAGACCACUUUGGUACGUCACGGAUUGAUGUUAGUUGGACCAACUGGAUCUGGGAAAACAAAGUGUUAUCAAAUUUUAAGAGACGCUUGUACCAAUUUAAAAGGACAAUUGCAGCCAAAUGGAAAAUUCUUUAUGCCAGUUUUCACAUACGUACUUAAUCCAAAAGCAAUAACAAUGGGCCAACUUUAUGGAGAGUAUGACCUUGAUACACAUGAGUGGACCGAUGGAAUUUUGUCGACUUUAAUCCGUGCAGGAACCGAAGCGACGGACGAAAAUAAACGUUGGUACGUCUUUGACGGACCAGUCGAUGCAGUUUGGAUAGAAAACAUGAAUACUGUAUUAGACGACAAUAAGAAACUUUGUUUGACUUCUGGAGAAAUUAUGAAGUUACAACCAACGCAGACAAUGAUCUUCGAAGUUGGUGAUCUUAGAGUCGCUUCUCCGGCUACCGUAUCAAGGUGUGGUAUGGUAUACAUGGAACCGGCGGGUCUUGGAUUAAAGCCUUUUGUUAAUUGCUGGAUCAAGUCUUUACCGACGAAAAUGCAAGAUAACGUGGAAACAAUAAAAAAACUGACAAAUGAAUUAUUAUUCCCCGGUAUAAAAAUUCUACGUGAACAAAUAAAAGAAAUCGUAAGCACUGUGGAUUCGGCAAUAAUUCAGUCUUACAUAAAUCUCAUGAACUAUAGAAUUGGUCCUAUGGCUGGUAGAGAAGGCAAACCACCGCCGCCUUUGGUUUUUCAACAAACAAUACCUGAUUUAUUAUCUCCAUGGACAGCUUUUGCUACAGUUUGGAGUUUAGGUGCUACUUGCAGUUACGAUGGUCGUUAUAUAUUUAGUACGUGGCUUCGAGAUGUACAAAAUAAUUUCCAACACAAAUUGCCAUUCCCUGAAGACGGUUUGGUAUAUGAUUACAGAUUACACGAUGGUGGUUUUACUGAUCCAAUCGAAGGACAAGAUCCGAUUCCACCGCAAUGGAUUAAAUGGUCAGACGAUAUUCCGAUUAUUAACAUAACUUCAGAAACUAAAUAUGCUGACAUUGAAAUUCCUACGAUGGAUAAUAUUCGACAUGCGACUUUGAUUGAAUAUUUAUUUAUAAACAAUAAUAAUGUAUUGUGCAUUGGACCAACUGGAAGUGGAAAGACUAUGACGAUUUCAACGAAAUUAUCUAGGAAUAUGCCAAAAAAAUUUAUUUGUGAUUUUAUAAUAUUUUCUGCAAGAACUACUGCCAAUCAAACUCAAGAUCUGAUUGAUGGAAAAUUAGAUAAAAGACGUAGAGAUGUAUAUGGUCCACCAUUAUUAAAAAAACAAAUAUUUUUCAUUGAUGACUUCAAUAUGCCAGCUCUAGAAACAUUUGGAGCACAACCACCUAUUGAAUUAAUUCGACAAUUUAUGGAUUUCAGCGGAUGGUACGACAGAAAGGAAAUCGGUAGCUUUAGACUGAUCGAAGACGUAAAUUUUAUUGGUGCCAUGGGACCACCUGGAGGUGGAAGAAACCCAGUAACCCCUCGACUCUUACGACAUUUCCAUUUCAUUGCAUUUCCAGAAAUGGAGGACAGUGCCAAGGCGAACAUCUUUGGGAUUAUUUUAAAUUCUUGGCUCUCGAAAACACCAACUUAUAUAGUUUUAUUAAAGUCGAUAGUAAAUAUUACACUUAAUAUAUUUGCCACAAUAUGCAGGGAACUAUUGCCAACGCCUGACAAAUCUCAUUACACUUACAACCUUCGAGAUCUUAGUAAAGUAUUUCAAGGUAUUCUCAUGGCAGAUCCAACGAAAAUUAAUAGUUAUGAACAUUUAUUUUUAUUGUGGUAUCAUGAAAACACACGUGUCUUUAGCGAUCGUUUGAUUAAUCAAGAUGAUAGAAAUUGGUUCAGCAAACUUUUAAAUGAUACUUUAAAGGAACAAUUCGAUUACGAUAUAACCGAUCUUACAAAAGAUAAAGUUUUAUUUUAUAGUGAUUUUUGUGGUGUUUCUGGACAAUACGAACGAAUUACCAACUUUCGAAAGAUAGAACACGUUCUUCUCGAAUUUUUAGAAGAUUAUAACAACAUAACAACUGCUCCAAUGAGAUUAGUAUUAUUUCAAGAUGCUGUAGAUCAUAUUUGUAGAAUUAUACGUAUCCUUCGACAACCUCGAGGAAAUGGACUUUUAUUAGGAAUGGGUGGAUCAGGUCGACAAAGCUUAACGAAGCUUUCUUGUCAUAUACGAGAAUAUAAUUACUUUCAGAUAGAACUCAGUAAAGCUUAUUCAAAUCAUGAUUGGCGUGAUGAUAUCAAAAAUAUGAUGUUAAAAUCAGGUUUAGAAAAUCAAAUAAUGGUUUUCUUAUUUUCGGAUACUCAAAUAAAAGGCGACUUCAUGUUAGAAGAUUUAAACAAUAUAUUAAACAAUGGCGACGUACCAAAUAUAUAUAGUUCCGAGGAAAUAGAAAAAAUAUUUCAAGCGAUGCGUGGCCCGGUUCAAGAGGCUGGAUUACAAAUCAAUAGAAGUAAUCUCUUUUCGACGUAUCUGAAAGUGAUCAAAAACAAUUUGCAUACUAUGAUUACGAUGAGUCCCAUCGGUGAGUUAUUCCGGGCUCGCAUUAGGCAAUUUCCUGCUCUCGUGAAUUGCUGUACGAUCGAUUGGUUCUUUCCGUGGCCGGAUGCAGCUCUACAGGCUGUUGCAAUGUAUUUCCUUGCGGAUAUUAAAGAUGAAUCCAUUAAUGAAACUGUCCUAAAGUCAAUUGUAAAGACUUGUCAAUUUAUGCAUUCUAGCGUGAUAAAAGCGAGUGAUCGUUUUUUGAUGGAAUUGAAUCGACAUAAUUAUGUAACGCCUACCUCUUAUUUACAAUUACUAUCCGGUUACGGUGGUCUCUUAUCUAAAAAGAAACAGGACCUACAUUCUGGAAUGACUCGCCUAUCAACGGAAGCGGAUAAUGAUGCAACAUUCGCUAAAGAUAAACAACGUGGCGACGAACUAUAUGAGCGCUUAAAUAAGCUUAUAAGCACGGAGGCAGAAGUAAAGGAGAUGCAAGGUAUUCUCAAGGCAAUGAAACCUGAUCUGGAACAAGCAACAAUGGCAACUGCAAAGAUGAUAGUUCAAAUCACAAAAGAUACUGCUGAGGCUGAGCAAACAAGAGCAGAGGCGAUGAAACAGGAGGAGGUUGCUACGAAAUUAAAAAACGAGAAUCAAUUAAUCAGAGAUGAAGCUGAAACUGACUUAAGUGAAGCCAAACCAAUGCUUGAUGCUGCUGAAGCAAGCUUAAAAGCAUUGAACAAAGGUGAUAUUACUGAGGUGAAAGCUAUGAAAAGACCACCAGUUGGAGUACUUCUCGUUAUCGAAGCUAUGUGUAUCGUGAAUAACGUGAAACCUAAUAGGUUACCAGGUAAACAACCUGGUGAAAAGAUAUUAGAUUAUUGGACACCCGGUAGUCAAAUGCUGGCAGAUGCUGGACAUUUUUUAAAUAUGAUGGUAAAUUUCAAUAAAGAAAACAUAACCGAAGAGAUGAUUAAUAAACUGAAGCAUUAUAUUGAGGAUCCAAAUUUUCAACCUUCAAAGAUUCUUCAAGUUUCUAAAGCCUGUCAUUCACUUUGUCUCUGGAUACACGCUAUGUACAACUAUUACUUUGUGAAUCUAAAAGUUAAGCCUAAAAUGGAGACAUUAGCAAAGGCCGAAGAAGUAUUGGCAGAAACGGAGAAAGCUUUGGUUGCUGCUAUGAAUAGAUUGCAGGAAGUAGAGAGAAGAGUACAAAACCUUAAAGAUACCUUGCAAGAUAAGGAAAAUAAAAAAGCAGAAUUAGAGAGGCAAAAGCAGCUUUGUGAGGAAAGAAUGACGAGGGCAGUUAAACUUGUUAGUGGACUUGCGGAAGAACAAAUACGAUGGACGUUCACUCUUUCUGAAAUGAAAACAUCGUUAAAAAAUGUCGUAGGAGAUAUUUUAUUAUCCUCUGGUGCGAUAGCAUAUCUGACACCCUUUACCGAUGUUUAUCGGAAAACUCUUUUGACAUCUUGGUAUGAAGUUAUAGGCGAGGGAGUACCUCAUACACCGAACUGCACACCCAUAUCGACGUUAGGUGAUCAAGUACUGAUUAGAAGAUGGCAAUUGGACGGUUUACCAAGAGACCUUGUUUCUGUUGAAAACGCUGUAUUGGUAGUGCAUUCAGAACGAUGGCCACUGUUUAUCGAUCCACAAGGACAAGCCAAUAAAUGGAUUCGUAAAACGUACAAAGAUGUUGGUUUAUCUAUUACAAAGAUGAUGAGCAAAGAUAUUUUACAUGUACUUGAAAGUUGUAUUCGCUUUGGUAAACCGUGCUUGAUAGAAAACGUUGGUGUCGAAUUUGAAUCCGUUUUAGAUCCUAUUCUUAUGCGAUCAUAUUUCAAGCACGCUGGGCAAAUAAGUAUUAAAGUAGGUGAUAACGUUGUUCCAUAUAAUCCAGAGUUUCGUCUGUUUUUGACGACAAAAUUACCAAAUCCUCAUUAUAUGCCGGAAAUAUUAGUAAAGGUGUUGUUGGUAAAUUUUGCAUUAACCGCUAGCGGUCUUCUCGAUCAAAUGAUGAGUUUAGUGACGAUACAAGAACGUCCAGAUCUCGAACAAAUUCGAAAUUCUCUUAUAAUAUCUAAUGCGGAAAUGAAGAAAGAUUUGAAGGAGCUCGAAGAUAGAAUUCUAUAUAAGUUAACAACUUCCGAGGGUUCAACGGUUGACGAUAUUGAUUUAAUCCUGACUUUGGACGCUUCUAAAGCAAAGAGCGAAGAGAUAAAGGUAACCUUGAUGAACGAAUAGCUAACAUUCUGAAACGUUUUACUUUCGACUUGUUUUGUAACGUUUGUCGAAGCCUAUUCGAA